AUGUGCCAUGGAAUGGUAGCACCAAAGAGCAACACAGGAUCGUCUCUUGCCUUGACUAGCCAUGGAUUAUUUAUUCUGCUAGUUAUCUUUGGUACAUCUACCUUGGAAGCACAGGCCACAGGUUGGCUCAGCAAAUCCAAAGGACCUGCAUAUUGUCCCCAGCCACCACAGCCUGAGAAUGGAGGCUAUAAAUGCCACCCUAGUCCCUGCAACAACCCUCUGACUUCAGGCAGUGUCAUAGAGUAUCAGUGCAUUGAAGGCUACAUGCUGAAAGGAGAUUAUAAAUAUUUGACCUGCAACGAUGGGAAGUGGGACUCAGCCAUGGAAGUCAGCUGCAGGCUCAGCCCUGAAAAGGACUCUCCUCCAACAAUUGGAGUGCCCACGCUGUCCAUAGUAGCUUCCACAGCAAGCUCUGUCGCCCUGAUUCUGCUCUUAGUUGUGCUGUUUGUUUUGCUGCAGCCGAAGCUGAAGUCAUUCCAUCAUAGCAGGCGAGACCAAGGUGUGUCUGGAGAUCAGAUCUCUAUCGUGGUGGAUGGUGUCCAGGUGGCCUUGCCAUCCUAUGAAGAAGCAGUGUAUGGCAGUGCAGGGAACUGCAUUCCACCCUCGGACUCCCGAGUGCAGAUCGUGCUCUCGGAGGGAGCUGGACAGAACGGAGCCAGAGAGAUGCAGCAGCAGGACCAAGGGGCUCGUGGUAGCUUUGAAAGAGAAGAUGAAGCCCCUGGACAUUCUGGACUGUGUGAAGCCAGUGGCUCUCAGCGCUCUGAAACUGUUCUUGUGCAUCAGGCUGCUACCUCUUCCUGGGUAGCUGACAUGGCUAGCAGUAGACCUGUACACAAAGAGGUUCAAGAUUCGGAAAGCAGUGACAUACAGAGCCUUUUAUCACUCACUUCCUCUGAGGAAUACACAGAUGAUAUUCCCUUAUUGAAGGAAGCAUGAGGCCUGCUGUGUUUGUGUAGCCUUGUCUCUCUUGGAUUUCUUCCUCCUCUCCCCCUGCCUUUGGGACAGAAGCACUCUGUGCAGCCUUCCCCAUCCUUGCAAGCUGUGCCCUGGAUACCUCCCAGCAGAGAAGCCCUCAGCUGAAUAUCCAAAGGAUGUCGCCAGGUUGCCUCCUGGAUGCACCAGUGAAGUUGGUGCAGCACUGGCUUCCCCAUUCCAUCUGCAUCAGGGGCUCAAGGAACAAAGUGGAUUUGAGCUCUCUUCCCCUCGUCCCCAGCCAGAUGUUUGACAGCAGUCUCUGAAGAGCUGCUUUUUUCUUGUGCCUUUCUCCUCCUCACACCGGCUUGUUGCAGCUUCUCGGCCUCUCUAGCCCUUCUGCUGCCCAGAGAGCAGGGGCUAAAACCGCUCGCUCACUGGGUGCAGACACAGUUU